UUCAUUCCUCAUUGCACUUCAUAUUUACUCCUGGCGCGAAACGAGCGAUUAAUACUGCGUCAGACGGGGAUAUUCCACUCUGCUGGAUUACCGUGAGGAUAUUUGCGCUGCUGGUUUGCGGUGUUUUCAUGGAAAAUGGCGAGAUGUGUUCACGCGCGUCUGAUGAUGAUGAUGAUGAUGAUGGUGGUGGUGAUUUUCAGCGGAUCAUGGACCGCAGUGGACGCGCUCACGUUCCCCCAGCAUUACACGAUCAUGCACUGGGCUCGACGCAUUGAACAGGAGAUUGACAGAGUCCUGCAGCACAUCAGCGGAGCUCAACAACUCAAAGGGAUCUACAAUGAGAAGAGAAGACAGUUCAGUGUGGUCAGAAAUAACCCACGAGACAUCGUAGAGAAUGUCGCAACAGACAUCGAGAGACUGCUGGCCAAGAAACGCAAAGCUCUUGAGAAACUGGCGAGUGAAGCGGAGCGUCUGCAGAAAGAUCAUCACUGGCAGGAUGGACUCAAGGAGGAGAAUAUUGAAUAUUAUAACUCUAAAGCAGAGAUGGACUAUGACGGUGAAGACAUUGAUUCUCAAAUGUCGCUGAAGUUGGAUUUUGUUUACGACCCAAACUUUAAAAACCAUGUGAAUUACUCUCACACGGCGGUACAGAUCCCAACGGACAUCUAUAAAGGAGCUCCAGUGAUUCUGAACGAGCUCAACUGGACUCAGGCAUUAGAGAGAGUUUUUAUGGAGAACAGUAGAGACGACCCGUCGCUGCUCUGGCAAGCGUUUGGGAGCGCCACAGGAGUCACGAGAUAUUACCCAGCGGCUCCAUGGAGAGCCAGAUAAGAUUGACCUGUACUGAUGUACGCACGGAGACCCUGGUAUAUUCAAGGAGCGUCUUCACCCAAAGACAUGGUCAUCCUCGUGGACGUGAGCGGCAGUGUUAGCGGUCUCACUCUCAAACUGAUCAAAGCGUCAGUCGCCGAGAUGCUCGACACGCUUUCUGACGAUGAUUACGUCAACGUCGCCAGGUUUAAUGAGAAGGCGGAGGCGGUGGUGCCGUGUUUUCGGCAUCUGGUUCAGGCAAACGUUCGUAACAAGAAGAUCUUUAAAGAAGCCAUCCAGCAGAUGCAAGCCAAAGGAACAACAGAUUAUAAAUCCGGCUUUCAUUUCGCCUUCAACCAGCUGCUCAACAAGACGAAUGUACCUCGAGCGAACUGUAAUAAAAUAAUCAUGUUGUUUACUGAUGGAGGAGAAGACCGAGCUCAGGACAUCUUUGAGCAGUACAACUGGCCCAAUAAAACGGUCCGUGUCUUCACGUUCUCUGUGGGGCAGCACAAUUAUGAUGUCACUCCUCUGCAGUGGAUCGCAUGUGCUAAUAAGGGAUACUAUUAUGAGAUCCGCUCCAUCUGUGCAAUACGGAUCAACACCCAGGAAUAUCUGGACGUGUUGGGUCGGCCAAUGGUUCUGGCGGGCAGGAGUGCGAAACAGGUUCAGUGGACGAACGUCUAUCAGGAUGCUCUGUUUGACUCUCAGGGUCUUGGUCUGGUGGUGACUGGUACGAUACCUGUUUUUAAUCUCACGGUCGAUGGAAACUCUCAGAAUCAGCUGAUUCUCGGUGUGAUGGGGGUUGAUGUUCAUCUGGAUGAGCUGAAGAGUCUCGCACCACAAUACAAGCUGGGUCCUAACGGCUACAUCUUUGCCAUUGACCCCAAUGGAUACGUGCUGCUGCAUCCAAACCUGCAGCCUCAGGACGAGGAUCUGCCUGAACCAGUAACUCUGGACUUCCUGGACGCAGAAGUAGAAGACAGCAGUAAACAAGAGAUUCGACGGCAAAUGAUUGAUGGCAGAUCGGGGGAAAUGACCAUCAAAACUCUUGUUAAAUCAAUGGACGAGCGCUACAUUGAUGAAGUCGUGCGGAUGUAUGCAUGGACUCCCAUUAACAACACAGAUUACAGUCUGGGACUGGUACUGCCGCCGUACUGUGAAUAUUACAUCCAGGCUGAUCUCAGUGAUGUCAUGCUACAACUGCAGUAUCUACAGUCUCUGCUGCCAAACUCUUUUGUGUCUGCGGGUCAUGUGUUUCUAGCUCCCAGGGAAUACUGCAAGCGUCUGCAGUUGGCGGAGAAUAACACACAGUUUCUGGCUGAUUUUCUGUCUCUGAUGGUGGAGAUCACACCUGAAUCUGAAGACUGUGAUCAGGGUCUGAUUCAUAAUCUGAUUCUGGACUCUGGGAUCCUCUGGCUGCUCGCCACACGGGUCUGGCAGAAUAAAGACCUGAACACGUAUGGGUUCCUGGCGCUGUUUGCAUCCACCAAUGGAGGCGUCACACGUGUUUACCCCAAUAUGGCUGCUGAAUCAUGGGAUGAAGACCCCGAGCCUCUGAAUUCAAACUUCUAUCGUCGCAGUCUGGAUAACAAGGGUUACAUGUUCAGAGCGCCGACACGCACCUCGAUGGAUGAUCUGUUGAUCUCUGAAAACGGUACGGUGGGAAUUCUCGUCACCACCGCUGUUGAGGUCACAAUCGGAGGAAAAACCAUGAAACCUGCAGUUGUUGGUGUUAAACUGGAUUUAGAGGCGUGGGUCGACAAGUUCAAGAUCCUCGCCAGUAACGUCUCGGACAGCAGACAGGCCUCACAGAAGUGUGGACCGUCGAGAUCCUGCGAGAUGGACUGUGAAGUGAACAGCGACGAUUUACUCUGUUAUCUGAUUGAUGACGGUGGAUUUCUGGUGAUGUCCAAUCAGAGAGAUCACUGGAAGAAGGUGGGUCUGUUCUUCGGCGAGGUGGACCCGUAUCUGAUGUUCGCCCUCUAUAACAACUCAAUCUACGCUCGUCAUCAGACCUUUCAGUACCAGACUGCAUGUGAACCGACGGCCAGCAGCCACACGGGAGCCGCACACAGACCAUUCUACGUGCCUUCCAUUACUGAUUUUGUCAGUCUGGCGUGGUGGACGUCAGCAGCGGCAUGGUCUGUUCUGCAGCAGUUCUUGUAUGGACUCAUCUACAGCAGCUGGUUCACUGCAGAUGUGUUUGCGGAGAUUUUUUCUGACAGUAAAGGAAGCAGCAGCAGUUGUGUGACGGUUAACAGUCAGUUUUACUUCACCAACAACACCAACUCAUUCAACAUACUGCAGGACUGCGGGAACUGCUCCAGGUUGUUUCAUGCCAAGCGGAUUGAGAACACAAAUCUCUUAUUUGUGGUGGCCGAGACUCUGCCCUGCAGCUCCUGUGAGAUUGAGAAACUACUUCCUGUCAGAACAAUGUCUCAAGCAGAGAACCCGUGUGAGGUGUUGAAUUCUGCUCGCUACAGGAAAGGACCCGACAAAUGCUUCGACUACAAUACUGAGGAAAACGCAUCGGAGUGUGGCGCCGCUCGCUCUGCGCACUGUCCAAUCAGAUUUCUUCUCUGGAUUCAGUUAACGUUGCUUUACCUCGUUCUACGAUCUUAACUUCUGUCUCACUGCUUCUGUGUGUCUCAUCCGUGUGACCGUCCGGAUCUCUCCUGGUAUGUUCCUGGUUUUCCUGCUCUCCAGUUCGAGGUCAGGAGCAUUCCUGCUGUGUGCCGGUACAGAGCAGAGCAUGAUGGGAUAAUCGUGUCUUUCUAAUGCAGACAUUGUGCAGAUCUUGCCAAAUCCAGAAACAGGACGGGACACGAUGUUUUUACAAACAAGGAAGAGCAAAGAUUUAAUGCUUAUUAUCACAAUCUCACUUUGUGCGUUUUUAUUUAGUGUUGCCUCACUCUGGAUUUCACGCCAAUCCCAGACAAUUACUGGACACGGGCAACUAUUUAUUUAAGCUUCUUUGCCGGUAGAGGAGGUUGAUUCAUUGCUAACUGCUUUCUUCAGGAGGGAAAAAAGAACAUUUCGAUUUCAUUUGGAUUUAGCGCUUUGUCGAAUGUUUUAUGGGCAUAUAAUGUGCAUAAAUAUCGCUGCUUGGUUUGUUACCCAAUAGUGCCUUGGCGCACUUGUCCGAAUGGACUAUCCAAAGCACUGGACAUGUACGUGACCCCGAGAGAAUGCUUGAAAAAGACACGGGACUGAACGAUAGCUGGAAGUGUCUUUGGUUUACAGUGUAAGGGUGAAUCGCACGAAACCUGUAAAGGAAUAUUUCAUAUUUCACCCCGAAAUCAAAAGAACAAAAUAAGAAAUCGUAUUUUGCCAAAUGAAAAUGAAGAUUUUUUGGACAAUAACUAUUUUUAUUCAUUUGUUUUGCAUUGUGACAGUAGACAUUUUGCUCAAUCAGCAGCAUUUUGGGCUUGUUUAUUUAAAAAAAAUUAAAAAACGCAAAAUUCACGGUAACAUUGAGGCACUUACAAUGGAAGUACGUAUGUAGCUAAACGUUAAAAUACUGUUUCAAAAGAAAAGACACAAGAUGUAAAUAUUAAACAUGUUAACGUGAUUUUAGUGUGAUGCAUUACCUACAUGAUUUACAGGCAUUAUGUCGUCACGACUACGAAACUGUAAUAUUGUAUUUAACAUUAAACAGGUAAAUUUAAGACUGGAAGCGAUUACAGUAUAUUGCACUAAAACUGUGUUAACACAUAUGAUGUUUACGUCUUGUGGCUGUACUUUUGAAAUGGUGUGUAUUUUAACAUUUAUGGACUGGCCCCGUUCACUUCCAUUAUAAGUGUCUCACUGUUUUUUUUGUGGUUAUCGGCAUUAUACCACAAAUGCUGGCCACGUAAUGCUAAAUAAAAAACUACGUAUUCAUGUUUUUUGUAAUGUAAUAGUUUUACAUUGAAUUUAUGCUCAUUUUAAUCAUUAAAAAAAUCAUUAUAUUAGAGUAUUUUAUUUAAAAAAAAUAUCACGAAGCAAAAAAAUGGAAUUGUUAUUAAAUGGGCUCCAUUUUCUUUAUACAAAAUUACAUUUUAUAUUUAUUUGUAUUGAUUUAUAGGUGAAAUUCUGACUUUUCUUCUCAAGAUUCGCCCGAGCAUGUCCUUCGGUGUCGAGUGUUGGUUUCACAUGUUCUAUACAAAGGCACUAUUGUUUAAUUGUUUUAUCUUUUCUGAUGUAAAUAUGAUUAUUGCACAUGGACUUGAACUACUUCAGUGUGUUUUAAUGAAUCGGAAUGCAAGACAGUUCGCCAGACUGAUGCAUGCUGGGAAAAAUCACUCUCGACACGAGCGUUUACAAACGUUUGACCAAGACACAAUGACUUAAUGUUUUCUAUUGAGUCCAUAGAUGUUAUCAAAAUACUUUUGAUUUAUUUAAUUAUUUGAUUUGAGAGACAGUAUGUAAGUUGCUUGCAAAAUGUUUCAAGUGUAGAUUUUCAGUUUUCUUGCUUAAGUUUGAUGGAAAUGUUUUUUUUAUCGCAGUUGUUUUGUUGCUUACAUAAUAAACAUUUUAAAGGUCCAUUUAGGAAAAAAAAUUAUACAACCAGUCAAUCGUUUGGACACACCUACUUAUUUUUAUUAUUACUAUUUCCCACAUUUUAUGAUAAUAGUUAAGUUAUCAAAAGCACAAAUGAAUCCUAUUCGUCUACAAGUCUAAUUUCAAGCAUUUAAACACAAAUCAAUCAAAAGAUUUUUAAUUCAAUGAAGUGUAUUGAAGCAUUCGGUUGGUGAUUUCAUGGCAGCUGAUGCUUCUGAAACAACGGUACUUUCAAAUCAAACUGGACCAAUAUUUUUAAAGCAAUGUUCCUGUUUAUUAUCAAGCUCUGAAUUGGACUAAAAGGUUUCACGUGAUGUGUUUCGUUAUCGUAAUGGCUUCAGCAAUACUUUGAAUUCUGUCGAUUACAUUGAAAUGCAUCGAGCACACCUGAUAUCGUCUAAAGAAGAGCAUGAAUCAGUAUUUGAGCCGCUUCCAUUUGAUGACUUUGGUUCAAGCUUGUCUUUGAAUAUUGGCUUAGUAUUUGUAUUUUAUGAGCUUUGAGCAUUUAUAAAGUAUUAUUUAAUGUGAUUAAGAGUAUUUACACUGUUGUCUUUAUGUAAAAAGCCCUGUGUUACACUGAAUUUUAAUGACGUGUAGGAAUGUUUUAAUUAUUUUUAGUUUUUCAAUCCGUUGUUCUGCGGAUGUUUGUUAUCUUUGUGAAAGGGUUUCCCCCCUUUCCACAGUCUUCCAUAUCACAUCAUUUUGUACAAAUGGCUCAAUUAACUCUAUCAAGAAAGGCUAACUUUGUAUCAUAUUGUGCCAUUCACUUCUGGAAAAUGUUUAUAAGAGAAUUAGUGAGAU